CAGAGAAAGAAGAAGCAGCAGCAGCAGCAGAAGAAAGACAGAGAAGAAGAAGACCGAGCAGCAGCAGGAGGAUUUCCAGUCUCGUUGAAGAUGAAUGUGUGUUUGCUGGUCCUGGGUCUGGCCCUGGUUCUGACCCUCUGUGUAGCCCGGUCUCCGUACCAGGCAGUCCUGCAGCACAGUCGGAUCAGAGGCCGGCAGCAGGGGCCGAAUGUUUGUGCCAUGCAGCAGCUGAAAGGCACCGAUAAGAAAUAUUUCACCAACUGCAAACAGUGGUACCAUCGCAAGAUCUGUGGAAAACCCACGGUGAUCACCUACGAGUGCUGUCCUGGCUAUGAGAAGAUUCCUGGAGAGAAGGGCUGUCCAGCUGCGCUGCCUCUGGUGAACAUCUACAACACUCUGGGCGUCGUGGGAGCCUCCACCACUCAGAUGUACUCUGAGCGGGCCAAACUAAAGGACGAGAUCGAAGGUCCGGGAAGCUUCACCUUCUUCGCUCCGAGCAACGAGGCCUGGGCCGCCCUGCCGACAGAGAUUCUGGACGCUCUGGUCAGCAACGUGAACAUCGAGCUGCUGAACGCUCUUCAUUACCACAUGGUGAACCGCCGGCUCACCUCCGAGGAGCUGAAACACGGAUCCUCCUUCGCCUCCAUGUACCAGGACUUCCAUGUUCACAUCCACCACUACAGCAACGGGAUUGUGACGGUGAACUGCGCUCGUCUGAUCAAACCUGACCAACACGCCACCAACGGCAUCGUGCACGUGGUUGACCGCGUCAUCACCGCCAUCUCCAAUGACGUGCACACACUCCUCGACGUCGACGACGACCUGGAGACGCUGCGUACGGCGAUGGCCGCUGCAGGUCUGACCGCCAUGUUGGAGAACGAGGGUCAGUACACCAUCUUCGCUCCCACCAAUGAGGCCUUUGAGAAGAUCCCUCAGGAGACCCUGAACAGGAUCCUGGGUGACCCCGUGGCUCUGAGAGACUUACUGAACUACCACAUCCUGAAGCACAUGCAGUGUGCGGAGUCGAUCGUGUCGGGGACUCCAAUGGAGACUCUGCAGGGCACCAUGCUGGAGGUCGGCUGCGACGGAGACCAGAUGACGCUGAAUGGGAAGGCCAUCAUCACCAAGAAAGACCAGCUGGGAACCAACGGAGUCGUCCACUACAUCAACGAGCUGCUCAUCCCGGACUCAGCCAAAGUUCUGCUGGAGCUGGCUGAAGGUUCAUCUGUUGCCACGGCAACCAGACUGUUUGUUCAAGCGGGUCUGACCCCCCACCUGACGGGCUCCGAGGCUCUGACCAUGCUGGCUCCUCUGGACGACGCCUUCAAAGGUAGUCUGACCAUGACGCCUGACAUGAGGAAGCUGAUGACCAAUCACAUCCUGAAGGAGCAGCUGUCCUCCAACUCUCUGUAUCACGGUCAGGAGCUGGAGACGCUGGGAGGCCUGAAGCUCAGAGUCUUCGUCUACAGAAAUAACCUGUGCAUUGAGAACGCCUGCAUCGCUGCUCAUGACAAGACCGGACGUUACGCCACCAUGUUCACGGUGGACAAAGUCCUCACUCCACCAAUGGGAACAGUGAUGGACGUCCUGAAGGCAGACGACCGCUUCAGCCUCCUGGUCGGUGCCAUCCAGACCGCAGGUAUGACGGAGCUGUUGAACCAGCAGGGGGCGCUGACCUUCUUCGCUCCCACCAACAACGCCUUCAACGCCAUGUCCCAGCCCGACCUCAACAGACUGAUGCGUAACCGUCAGGAGCUGGCAGGUGUGCUCAGGUACCACCUGGGGGAGGGCAUGUUGGUCAGCGGAGGAGUCGGAUCUCACACCAGAGUCAAACCUCUGCAGGGAGAGAAGCUGGAGCUCGGCGUGCGUAACUACACCGUGUACGUCAACAAGGUCCCGGUGGCGGACGCAGACCUGAUGGCGACCAACGGAGUUGUGCACGCCGUCGACAGCAUCAUCAAACCUCUGCCUCCGAAGGUGGACAGAGAACAAGCUGACGGACCUGCAGCUGCUCUCAGACCAGCCGCCUCCUCCAGGGCUGCUGACUCCAAGAGCUUCAGGAACGAUGACCUUUUCCAGAAGGUGGUGAGGAGUCGCUCCAGCAGGACGAUGAAUCAGUAGAACUACAGAGGAGAAGCAGACGUCAGCAGAACAGAACAUGUUCUCCACCCAAAGUGUCAAAAGUCACAAAUCUUACAGGAAAAAUCCCCCGAAAUCCUUUAACACUGCAGUUUGAUGCGUUUCUGGACUCGUUCUGAUCGUUCGUCCGUCCAAAACCCGAACAAACUUCAGCUCUUAGCUUCAGUCCCUCAGAAUCAAACAGCAGCUUCAGUCGUACAGACGCAGAGAAACAGCUGCCAUUCCUCCAAUAUUCAGUUUCUGCCUUCGAUAAGUCAAACGGAACGAUUCCGACAACAGGCUGUAAAACUGAUGAAGCACGAAGACGAACACACUGAUCACACAGAUCACACAGACCGUCACUGAUCACACAGACCGUCACUGAUCACACAGACCGUCACUGAUCACACAGACCGUCACUGAUCAAACAGAUCACACUGAUCACACUGAUCACACAGACCGUCACUGAUCACACAGAUCACACAGACUGUCACUGAUCAUACUGAUCACACAAACCGCCACUGAUCACACCAACCGUCACUGAUCACACAGACCGUCACUGAUCACACUGAUCACACUGACCGUCACUGAUCACACCAACCGUCACUGAUCACACUGAUCACACAGACCGUCACUGAUCACACCGACCGUCACUGAUCACACUGAUCACACUGACCGUCACUGAUCACACCAACCGUCACUGAUCACACUGAUCACACAGACCGUCACUGAUCACACAGACCGUCACUGAUCACACCGACCGUCACUGAUCACACUGAUCACACAGACCGUCACUGAUCACACCAACCGUCACUGAUCACACUGACCGUCACUGAUCACACAGACCAUCACUGAUCACACAGACCGUCACUGAUCACACUGAUCACAGGGAUCACAGGGAUCACACUGACCACACAGAUCCUCACUGAUCAUACUGAUCACACAGACCGUCACUGAUCACAGUGAUCACAGGGAUCACAGGGAUCACACUGAUCACACAGACCGUCACUGAUCACACAGACCGUCACUGAUCACACUGAUCACACUGAUCACAGGGAUCACAGGGAUCACACAGACCGUCACUGAUCACACAGACCGUCACUGAUCACACAGACCAUCACUGAUCACACAGACCGUCACUGAUCACACUGAUCACAGUGAUCACAGGGAUCACACUGACCACACAGAUCCUCACUGAUCAUACUGAUCACACAGACCGUCACUGAUCACAGUGAUCACAGUGAUCACAGAGAUCACACUGACCACACAGAUCCUCACUGAUCAUACUGAUCACACAGACCGAAACUGAUCACACAGACCGUCACUGAUCACACUGACCGUCACUGAUCACACUGAUCACACUGAUCACAGGGAUCACACUGACCACACAGAUCCUAACUGAUCCUAACUGAUCAUACUGAUCACACAGACCGAAACUGAUCACACAGACCGUCACUGAUCACACUGACCGUCACUGAUCACACAGACUGUCACUGAUCACACUGAUCACAGGGAUCACACUGAUCACACAGACCGUCACUAAUCACACUGAUCACACAGACCAUCACUGAUCACACAGAUCACAGGGAUCACACUGAUCACACAGACCGUCACUAAUCACACUGAUCACACAGACCAUCACUGAUCACACAGAUCACGCAGACCGUCACUGAUCACACGGAUCACAGGGAUCACACAGAUCACACAGACCGUCACUGAUCACAUGGAUCACAGGGAUCACACUGAUCACACAGACCGUCACUGAUCACACGGAUCACAGGGAUCAUACUGAUCACACUGACUGUCACUGAUCACACAGACCGUCACUGAUCACACUGAUCACAGGGAUCACAGGGAUCACAGGGAUCACACUGAUCACACAGACCGUCACUGAUCACACAGACCGUCACUGAUCACACGGAUCACAGGGAUCAUACUGAUCACGGGGAUCACACUAAUUACACAUUAAUGAUUGACUGUUUGCUGUUUCUCUUUGGCCGCUGUUCGCCAUUUGUUAAAAUGUUAAAGCAUUCUGGGAAAUGCAGGAAACCACUAACAGGCUGAGAAAAGGUUUGAUAGCCGAUCAGAUCAAUACCUGUUCAUCAGAUGAAUCAAACAGUGUGAGAGGAUCUGAGGGGGAUUUUUCUUCUUCAUCAGUCAGUCAGACGUCUGUGUGGAGAGAAGAAGAAGAAAUUUUGUUUGUGAAGAAGUUUCUUUUUAUUUUUGUUUUCUGUGUACUGUAAAAAAAACCAAAAGUCCAAACUUUGACCCUUUUUGUAAAGUGUGUUUGUUUUCAUUGUGUACUCUGUGUGUCGUUGUCCUGUAGCAUGUCGGCAGGUUUGAGCUACAAACAAACAAACAAACAAACAAACAAACAAACAACAUGACCUGACAGAUUUUAACAUUUUUCCUUUCUGUUUUUUGUAAAAUAAAGCUGAAAAAUUGA